GUAACAAUGUAACCUGAAGAUUAAUCAACAUUUUCUCUUGUAGGCCAAUCAUGUGUGCAUGAAAGAAUCAAUAUCUUACAAUCAUGAUAUUCCCUCAUUUGGUUCACAUCGUCCUGCUUGGGCCAAAUAUGGUGAAUAUAAAUUUUUACCAAAACAAAGAUGGUUACACAAUUUAGAGCAUGGAUCCGUAGUAAUGUUAUACCAUCCAUGCACUCAUCCAGUUUUAGUCCAACGUAUGCGAACAGUAUUAAAGUCAUGUCUUUUCAGACAUAUUAUUACUCCGUAUAAUUUGGUUCCUGAAGAUAGGGUUUGUAUGAUACAUACAGUAUGUGCAAAGUCAGACUAAACAGAGGACUAGGGG